AUGUAUGGUGGCCAAGAAGAACUCGAUAACCUUGUCUGGGACAAGAAUGAGGAGGCCUCUGAAGAGGCACAAAACGAAAUGCGACUCAAAAGCACCUGUCGCAAAGUGGAAAAGCUCGCCGAAGAGAAGUUCGGGAAGGCAGCAACCUUGAUAUCACCCUUGAUCCUCGGCGGUUUCAACAUCCUCUACAGAAUACGCCUCGAAGGAACGUCUCCAGAUGUUAUCGUGCGACUGCCUUGUCCAAGCCUUGUUCAGUUUCCACGUGAGAAAACCGUUCACGAAGCAGCCACGGCAGCCUUCAUUUCGAAGCAGACGCGGCUUCCUAUUCCCCGACAACUCUUUUAUGGCCAGGAUUCAACGGUUGGCCCCUUCGUCAUCAUGGAGCAUGUCCAGAAUUGCGGUAGCGUGUCAGCCCGACUGACUAGACGCAACAAAGACCCUUCAGAGCCUCAUGCUCUGGAUCCUAACAUUCCCGAGGCUACGCUGGAGCUCAUCUGGGGCAAGAUAGCACACUGCCUGUUGCAACUUUCUCGAGUAACCUUCCCACGGAUUGGGUCUUUGGUCGAGGCCGAUGACGGCUCUUACGAGGUGGCCGGCAGGCCGAUAACUCACAAUAUGACCGAUAUGGUUCGACUUGCGAACAUUCCUCGUGCCGUCCUUCCUCCAGAGGGUACAACUUAUGAGACUGCAGACGAAUGGUAUGCUGCGUUAGCGGACAUGCACAUUGCACAGCUCGUUUUUCAACGCAACGAUUCUGUUACUUCCGAGGAUGACUGCCGAAACAAGUACGUGGCACGCCAAAUUUUCCGCAAAUUGGCCAAACAAGGCCGGCUCUCUACUUUCGGCUUCGCCAAGGACAACUGGUCUGCCCAGUCAUCCAAGAUUCCAGCUUCCACACUUUCUCCAGCCCCUUCCGGCUGCGACUCUUUUCGGCUCUGGGGCGACGAUUUUCGAGCAGGAAACAUACUUCUCACCGAGUCGGAUGAUAUCGCUGCCCUCAUCGACUGGGAAUAUACCUAUGUUGGACCUACGCAGUUUAUCCUCGACCCACCUUGGUGGCUCCUCAUUGAUACGGCUGAGAUGUGGUCACCCAGCAUCGACGAUUGGAGCGAGACAUAUGAGAUGCGCUUGAAGACUUGGCUCUCUGCUGUAAGAAACGCAGAGGCAGACUUGCCAGGGUCUAAUCCUCUCCCGGCACCGUUGUCCACAUACAUGCGGGAAAGCUGGGAAACAGGACGGUUCUUUCUCAGUUAUGGCGCCAGGAAGAGUUGGGCGUUUGACACGAUGUACUGGAAAUAUCUGGAUGAGAGAUUCUUUGGUAAUCGAGAACCCGGUGUUCUCAUGAAUGAUUUAUGGAAGGCGAGAGUACAUUUACUAAGUGAGGAAGAGAGAACAGCCAUGGAGCCCUUUGUAAAGAGGAAGAUGGCCGAGUCAAAGGAAAGGUGCAUUGUCGACUGGGACCCGACAGAAGCUAGAGAGCGAUUUUCCGAACUAUUGUUUGAUUGA